GGGGCAUGGAAGGUCUGGCCAUGCUCAGGCAACUCAUCGGACAAGUUCAGGAGCUUUUGGAGCUUUACGGCGGUUAUCCUUCCACCGUUGUUCCUGCUAAUUACUUUCUUCAGCUUCAACCUCCACCGCCACACCACCCCAGAUGGUGUUUUCUGAAUCUUGAUGAUAGUUCUAUUGAGGACAGUUGCUACAAUCUCCUUGUGACUGCUGGGAAAUCUGAAAAUCUCAAAAUGUUGGAACCUGGUAAGCCUCCACCAAAAAAGAAAGUCCGAAAGGAACGAAAUCGGGGAAGAUCAGAUGGAACUACCUGCUCUACGGAGGCUAUGGAACACCAUAUUUGGAAAGAAUUUCCAGAAGACCUUUUUGAAGCCGUCAUAGCAAGACUUCCUAUAGCCACCUUUUUCCGCUUCAGAUCAGUUUGCAAAAAGUGGAAUUCAAUGCUUACUUCUCAAAGCUUCUCUGAGCAAUGCGCCGAAGUCCCUCAACAACAGCCAUGGUUUUACACCAUCACCCAUGAAAAUGUGAAUACUGGAGCCAUGUAUGAUCCUGACUCGAGGAAAUGGCAUCACCCUACCAUUCCUGCUCUCCCAACCAAGUUAAUAGUUUUACCAGUGGCUUCUGCUGGGGGUCUCGUCUGUUUUCUUGAUAUUGGACAUAGGAGCUUUUACGUGUGCAACCCGCUUACAAGGUCUUUUAAGGAGUUGCCAGCCAGGUCAGUGAAGGUGUGGUCACGUGUGGCAGUUGGGAUGACUCUGAACGGAAAAUCAGCGUGUGAGGGAUACAGGAUCCUUUGGGUUGGUUGUGAUGGGGAGUAUGAAGUUUAUGACUCAAUAGAGAACUGUUGGAGUCCCGGAAGUAUGCCCUCAAAUAUUAAGCUUCCACUUGCACUAAACUUUAAGUCACAUACAGUCUCCACUGGUAGCACACUUUACUUCAUGCGAUCAGACCCUGAUGGAAUUGUGUCUUAUGACAUGGUCUCGGGAGUCUGGAAGCAGUUCAUAAUCCCCGCUCCCCCCCAUCUGAGUGAUCACACUCUCGCAGAAUGUGGGGGGCGCAUAAUGCUCGUGGGGCUGCUGACAAAAAACGCUGCCACUUGCGUAUGCAUAUGGGAGCUGCAAAAGAUGACUCUUUUGUGGAAGGAGGUUGACAGAAUGCCAAAUGUAUGGUGCUUGGAGUUUUACGGAAAGCACGUUAGAAUGACUUGCUUGGGCAACAAAGGUUUGCUUAUGCUAUCACUGAGGUCAAGACAAAUGAACAGGUUGAUUACGUAUGAUUUCUCUACUCGGGAAUGGGUCAAGGUCCCCGGAUGUGUUCUACCUCGCGGGAGAAAGAAGCAAUGGAUUGCAUGUGGCACUGCAUUCCACCCGUGUUUGACAGCUUUGGCCUGACUCAGCUCAUUGUUCCCGACUUUCUAAGGUGAUAUUCAACAUGCAAGUGGCGGCUCACUCACGCCCACUUGCAUCCCGUCUUCUCUGUGCCAAGAAAGAAGAAUAUGUUGUCGAGUUUAAAUUUGUUCUGUAAAACAUGUUACUGUAAUGCUGUUGACCUUUUGAUUCCAUGGGACAAAAUUUCAAUGCAUAACCGAUUUGUCGUUCACUAGAUCAA